AUGUCUGAUAGCAACAACAACAAUAACAGUUAUAACGGCAAAUAUCCGCUUAUUUCGUCUCCAACUAUUCCCACUUCAGUCGGUUUAGGAAUUACUAUUCAACAACAUGCAUAUUCUAAUGUAAUUAAUAAUGAUCUAAACAACUGUACUGAUAAGUCUAAUUCCACUGUCAUCUCAUCUAGCACUAAUGAUAUUGGUAGACUUUUAUCAUGUAUAACUUCAAAUGGAAAUUGUUAUCCUACAUAUACUUCUACUCAUCCUACAAUUCAAACACAAUUUUCUAAUGAUGUAGAAAGUGAGAUUUCUACUCAUCACCAGCAGCAAAAACAAGAAUCACCCGGUGGAAAUAAUUCAUCUACAAAUUUAUGUGGUUUUAGAAUUAAAUGUGAAGCUGAUAGUGGUUUUUCACCGAUUGGGAAUUUGUCUGGACAAUCUGCGCCAAUCUCUAAGUCAUCGUACGAGAUGAUGUGUAACAGUAAAUCGACCGCCACUAACUCUACGUUAGAAUCUUUCUCAGGGAAAACUGAAUCAUUUGAGGAACAUGAAAUAGUUGAUGAUCAAUUUAUUGAAAAUCGGAAACUUGUCGAAACGUGUGGAUCUUUACGAGCUCAUCCACAAAGCAAUAAAACUAAUAGUAAUAAUGAUACAAAUGAAUCUAUUUCAUCUCAAUCAACAAGAUAUAUAUCAUGUUCAUCAGUGGAUCAACUUACACUACCUCAGACUAAUUCAAGUAAUCCUUUUCAUUCAGAUAAUAUUCUUAAUCCAGGAUGUAAUAAUCGUAUAUUGAACGAUUCUCCCGUUCGUAUUGUAUCUCAGGGUCGACUAGAUAAUGAUAACGCAAGUGUUAACUCUUCAUCAGACUUUACAGCUGAUGCGCUUACCUUCAUUGAUACAUCAUCAACAUGUAUAAAUACAUUUGAUACAAAUGAACGUAUGCUUACAGGAACACCUGAUUUUUCUUGUUUCUUUCCUAAUACAUUAUGUGAUCCGCUGACUAAACGUUUUACUUCUAAUGGCCAUACAUCAUGCGCUGGUUUUUCUGUAACUAAUCAGGUCGAUUCAAAGGUUCUAAUAGGUCUCAGUCCUCUAUCGAAAUCGCAUCGUUUAUGUUAUCCAUAUGAUGCAUAUGAACCACUGAAAAGUGAUUUCAAAGAACACUCAAAUAUAAAUAACAAUAACACUGUUGAUAGAGCUCAACCGAAUUCUUCACCGAAUAGACUUAAAAAUAUACUAAACAAUACAUUAUAUGAUCGUACUGGUAGUAACAAUGGAUCUAGUUCAGUUACAACGUCUAUGACUUCUUGUAAUAAUGAUGAAGCGGUGAACUUGAUUACUGACUCUGAUCAAAAGAGUUUUGUAAAUUGUAACGAAGUUCAAUUACCAGGAUUCAGUAGUCCUGAAUCAGCUUUUUAUCAAUAUCAAAAUAAAAUGGAGGGGCAAAGAUGUCAAGUAUGUGGUGAGUUGGCAGCCGGCUUCCAUCAUGGAGCAUAUGUAUGUGAAGCUUGCAAAAAAUUUUUCAUGCGUCAUUCGAUGGCUGAUACAAAACCGACAAAUGUCUGUCCAACUGGUGGCAACUGUAUAGUGGCUAAAGGUAGUCGUGGGAAAUGUCAAAUUUGUCGUUAUCGUAAAUGUUUACUUGUUGGGAUGAAAAUGAAAGAUCCAGAAACUCAAUCAGAAAUCGAUAUUUCUAAUAUUCCUUGUCGAGUGUGUGGCGGUAGAUCGUCUGGAUUUCAUUUUGGUGCAUUAACAUGUGAAGGAUGUAAAGGUUUCUUUCGUCGUACGGAAGGAUCAUCUAAUUCAUUAGUUUGUGUAGGUGGUCAAAAUGCUUGCACUAUAACACCUCGAAGUAGAAAUGCUUGUAAAAGUUGUCGUUUUCGUCGAUGUUUAGCAGCAGGAAUGUCUAAAAAAGGUAGCCGAAUUGGUCGUCAACCGAAUGCAGUCAAAUUUCAUUGUGCCAUUGAAAUUAAACAACUACAGGCUAUUCGUGGUAAUUCAUCCAGUUCAACCGGUGGAUUAUCACCAAGUCAAAGUUCCACAGGUUGUCCUCCAUAUAGUCAAUAUAAUCUUAGUGGAGUCGGUGGAAUUAGGAGUGGUAGUAGUGAUGCAUUAACUUCGUCCAUAAAUCAUUAUCGACAUAUAAGUCGAAGUGAUAAUGAUAAUAAUUGUGAUAAGAUGAGUCCUAAUUACAGUUCAACUGCAAUAAAUCCGAUAAAUUCUUCAUUGAAACAAGACAAUUUAUUAAUUUCGAAUGAUUGUAAGCCAACACAACCACCCUUAUCUUUAUUAUUCUUCUUACCGCCGAAUUCCAUGUCAAAUCAUCAUCAACUAACAACAUUAAAUGAUUCAAAGUGUGCGCAAUUAUCGUCUGCUUGUUAUUCAAAUAAUCAUGAUAGUGUUGAACAGGAUGAUGUUGAUAAUGAUGAUAAUGACGGCGAUGAUGAUGAUAUUGAUGAUGAUGAUGAAAUGCAAUCAAUUAAAUCUGAUUACAAUCUAGAAUCUGAUACAUCUUCUCUAUCGACUAAUUUGAAAUUGCAAAUGUAUAAACAUAUGCAUAUGCGAUCAUCGCCACUUAACGAUUCUUCCCAAUUGGUUCGUCAUUAUUCCAAUGGAUCAUCUAGCGUAUAUGACGCUUUAGAACGACAUGCUUUGGAUCGUACCGGUGAAUCUAUCACAUUUAAUGAUGAUCGAAAUGACUCACACCCCAUAUGCAGUAGUUCCAAUAACGGUAAUGAAGGUAGUAUUGAUCAAAACUCAGGUUAUAAAACAGUCAAAUCUAUUCCGCUGCAUCAAUCACCUAUUUCAGAACCAUCAUCGGCUACAUUUUGUGCAUCUCGUUUGCUUAAUAAUAAAAAAUUAUUAUCAUUUUAUUCUCAGGAACAUCAAUUACAAUCAUUAUCAUCUCAAUCCAGUAUCCAUUGUUCUCUGUCAUCUACCUCUCCUACUCCUACUACUACUUCCUUGUGUUCUUCUCAACGUUCCUCUUCACCUUUUUCACUAAUCUCUUCAAAUCUGUCUCAGGUUCAAACAUGUACAUCCACUAUACUGAAUUCAGAUAAUGAGCGUGUUAAUAAGGUGAAAUUAUCUACCUCCAGCUUUUCAAACUCAACUAUCAAUACUACUGCAUGUAAUAGUACUACUACUACUCCUACACUGACAACCGUUAAUACAAAUAUAUCAUCAAACACAACAGUGGCAAAUAAUACAACUGCUAAUCGUCACAAUUUCAUAAGUUUCGAUGAUCCGUCAUUUUGGGAAGACGUAGAAGAUACUUUACCAUCAAUCAAUGUAACUUCUGAAGCUGUUUCACAAUUCACUGAUGGCAUGCGUACAGCUACUGAAUUUCUACGAUUACCAAAUGCAUACUUUAAAACACGUUUCCGUAUGACAUCGAUACCACUAGAGCAUCAAGAUAAUAUUAAUCAAGUAUGGGGUCAUAUGAUGAAUCAUUUUCAUAUGCACGCUCAACAGGUUGUACAAUUCGCUAAACUUGUACCCGGUUUCAAUCAAUUAGGCAUAACAGCUAGAAGCAAUCUAGUUCGCGAAGCUAUGUACUCAGUCCUAUUGCUGCUUCUUAGUCGUGAUUAUUGUCCAGAAACUGAUGAAUAUAAUUAUUUUGAUUUUCCAGCAAAAGAACGUGAAGUGAUCAUGCGACAUUUCCCGACAUUUAAACGUAUUACAGAGCAUUUACGUGUUUCCGGACGAAUAAUGCAUCAUUUAAAUUUGAGUCUACCGGAAUUGUCGUUAUCAUGUGCUGCAGAAAUAUUGCGAAAUUAUUGCAUACUUGAAGAGCCUACCGCAAAAAGUACAGCUGAAUUAUUUGUAUUAGCACAUCAUAGUUUGUUAAAUUGCAUGGCAAAGCAAUCUGUUCCAACUGUUGCAUCAACACAACAAAGACGGACCCAGUUAUUCGCUCUUAGGAAAAUGAUACGAGUAAUGGACAAGGAACAUCAUGAAAUUUUAGCAGAUUUAAGGGUUCUCAGGUCUGAUCUUCGGUUCCCUGAACUAUAUGUGGAAAUGUUUCAAUUAGCUGAUAGUGCAUCAGCGCUAUUUUCCGCUUCUGCUCAAGCUGUAACACUAGCCUGUUCUGGUGUUCUACAAUCCUCAUUAGGAUCUUUUCAAAAUUCUCAGUUAGCAUCAACUUCUUUGAAUAAUAAUCAAUCUAAUUUAAAUAUAAAUAAAUCAUCUGAUUCGUCAGUAAAUAAUAGUGAUUUUAUUCUUUCCGUUGAUCGAUGGGAUGCAGGUCGACUUGCUUUAACUGUUCCAGCAGCAGCGGCAGCGGCAGCUGCAGCAGUUGUUGCAUUAACUGAACAAACUUCUAUAUGUCAAAAUAAUAAUAAUCAAUUAUUACUACAACCUAAUUCUCAAUUGUCUUCAACAUGUGCAUUUCCUCAGUUCUCCAAUUCAAUUGUUGUCGGUUCAUCACCAUUAUUGUCAACCAAUGUUAGUCUUAGUUCGUGUCAGAAACGAGCUAAAAAUGAUGCAAAUCAAUCGGAUAAUACAACAUCUACUAUUCCUGUUUUUCCUACGAAUACCAAUAAUACUAUUGCUUUUAUCACUUCACCUUCUUCUUUUAUGUUUCCCAAUCAAUUACAUCAUCCAUCUUCUUGA